UACCUACUUCCAAAAAAACGAAACGUGUCAUUUAAUUUGACAGUCAGUUGGUUGGUUCGUUGACAGUGACAAUUCAGGUUUGCUUGUGUUUGUGAUAAUUUUGGUUGUAGCAGGUUCGCGUCGACUGACCAGAGUCCGCGAACGAAUUCUAUCACCCCACCGAGAUUCACCGGGUGUGUCCGUUUAGUAUUAUAGGAUAAAGGAGCUGAGUAUUGAAGAUGUCUCAAACGCUAACUUUUGGUGACUCAUGCGCCCCAAUAACAUGUCAUGCGUGGAAUAAGGACAGAACACAAAUCGCCUUCUCCCCCAACAAUAAUGAAGUCCACAUUUACGAGAAAGAGGGCAGCGAAUGGAAACAGACCAACAACCUCCGUGAACAUGACCUUAAGGUGAUGGGCAUAGACUGGGCACCAAACACCAACCGUAUCGUCACCUGCUCCGUAGACCGUAAUGCUUAUGUCUGGACCCAAGGUCCCGAUGGUAAAUGGACUACCACUCUUGUACUCUUGAGGAUCAAUAGGGCAGCUACUUGUGUGAAAUGGUCACCUAUGGAAAAUAAGUUUGCUGUCGGCUCAGGCGCUCGUUUGAUCUCAAUUUGUUAUUUUGAGAAGGAAAAUAAUUGGUGGGUCUCGAAGCAUAUUAAAAAGCCUAUACGAUCAACUGUUACCUCUCUUGAUUGGCAUCCGAAUAACAUUUUAUUGGUUGCGGGGUCAGCAGAUUUUAAAGUGCGAGUCUUCUCAGCGUACAUCAAGGAUAUUGAAGACCAACCAGGCCCUAAUGUUUGGGGAUCUAAGCUGCCGUUGGGACAGUUGCUAGCGGAGUUUCCUAAUUCGCCAUCUGGUGGCGGAUGGGUGCACAGCGUGUCUUUCUCAGCUGACGGGAACAAAGUCGCUUGGGUCGGACACGAUAGCUCUAUCAACGUUGCAGACGCGACACUCGGCAAGGCUGUUAUAAAACUGAAGACUGAAUACUUGCCAUUCCUCGGGUGUCAUUGGAUCACGAACAAUUCGAUUGUUGUGGCGGGACAUAGCUGCAUUCCAUUGUUAUAUUGCUAUGACGGAAGGGAGGUUAAAUUCGUGGCGAAAUUGGACAACACUCAGAGGAAGGAGUCUGGAGGUCUUUCAGCCAUGAAGAAGUUCCAAUCGCUCGAUCGCCAGGCUCGUAUCGAAACUAAUGACACUUAUCUGGAUUCUAUUCAUCAGAACGCUAUCACUCAUAUCUCUUUGUAUAAGGGAACCAAGGCCAACAUGGAUAAAUUCAGCACAUCUGGUCUAGAUGGACAACUAGUCAUUUGGGACGUGGACGCCUUGAAGGCUAUGGAAGGGCUCAAGAUUCAAUAAAAGGUGUUUCGCAUUUAUAAUCUUUAUUUAAGGAUAAUAUAAUAUAGUGCGAGUUCUGAAGUCACUCUUAAAGGAUAACAGGGAAAGCUGUGGAAAAGAAAUCUUGGCAAUCACAGUCUGAUCAGUCUAACAUACUAGAAACGGAACAAGCGAAGUGGCAAGUGAACUCGACUCGCAUAAAGCUUCUUAUAUCUUCUGGCUGAGCGACGCGCGGGGCGUUUAGCGACAUUAAUGUAGACUUUAUUAAUGGGAAUGGUUUAAUUUGUAUAGCAAAAGGUCUAUAGAAAUAGUAUCUUAAGAAAAGGGUGAGUUACUAUUUUAAAAGAAUGCAUUGUAAAACGCUCCUUACGACGCCCAGCCUAACAAUGUAUGAAGCCAAACAUUAAAACUUCAAAUAUACAGAAUAAACUAUAAAUUUAUAGAUACAACUUUAAUGUUUUUUUAUUAUACAAUUAUAAUUUUUAACCAAUGAUAAUAAAAUAAUAAUUUAUAUAAAUUACGACGAACUACUACACCCUAAUUAUAAUAGAUCACUUUUAAUACUAGUGAA